AGUCAAGGUGCUGAUCCCGAGUCUGACAGUGAACAGCCAUCUCGCAAACGAGAUCGCAAAAGCCGUAGUCUUCGCACGUUGACCGACACGCGUCGGAAGGUUACAAAAUUGGCCUAUAACCAUUUUAAGCUAUUGUUUAUUACAGAAGACCCUUGGGUCUCCUGGACUGAAGCCGAUGAAUAUGCUGACGAUGCUUGGGAGGUCGCGUGUGUUGAGCUCCAGUAUGAUCUUGACGAGCUGCAACCAGAUACCACAAGCCGCGGCUUAAUCAAGGAUCGCAUUACGCAAUUACGCGGUGCGAUGAAGACAGUAGCUCGUGGGUUGCUUGCUGCACAGUAUGGUUUCAAAGAUGGCCGCUCAGAGGCAAUCCAAGCACACAACCGGGAGCUUGUAGCAUGUCUGAAGGCUGGUAACAACCGGCCGUUCUCACACAUCGAUCCUCGCAAUCCAACCACUGCAUGCCGUAACCCUAUAUUUGCUGAUAUACUGGCGAAAACGUGCAAGUGGUUUGCGGACACAAAGGGAGACGGUUAUCGCUACAAGCAAUACUUCACGCCGGGGAAGCACAUGCAGGUUCUGAUAGCCCAGUUGUUGACGACGGUUGAAUGUGUGAUUGACGAAUGGAAGACAGGAUCUCUCAAGGAAUUAGAAUUCCGAGAGAAUCCGUAUUCUGGUAUAUAUGCAAAGCAUCUGGCGUGGCUCGUCGAGUGGGAGAGAUACUCAAGUAACCUGUCGAAGGCUGACGUCCGCAUGCAGGAAGACUUAAUCCGCUCACUCCGGUACGUGUUGACAUGUCGAGUAUCAUUUAAGUUUACUCAUGAUCAUGAGUAG